AUUGUCGAACUGGCAUCCCAGUGCGCGUGACGAGUCUCGAAUAUUCCAGAAACGCUCGAACCCUCAAAUAAUCUACCCUUAUUUCGGCACAAUGUCGAAAUUCGCGGAAUCGCGCGUCGCCUCGUUUCGGUCCUCGCGGAUCCCGGCGUCUCCACGUCCGGUUGGACCUUGCCUGAACCUGAACGCGGUGACCGGGACGGGAUUUCGGGAAAGGUGGGACCUCGGACUCCUCGGAGCUGUCAGUCAGUCACGCCGCCGGUCCGCUCGCGCAUGGCACGGCAUGGAGCGCGCCAGAAGGGAAUCGGAAUGCGAUGCCGGAGCGGCAGGGAGUCCGGAGCAGACGGACCAUCCUUGGAACGAUUUGACCACCAUAACCACGUUCGACCAGGGUGACAACAUGAGAUCGACGUUUUGCUUGAAUAAUAUCGACGAAAAUCAAAACAGCGGGAAAAUUAUGCCAGCAGGAAAGUCACGAAAGCCGCAAUUGACUCAAGCCACUGUCUUAAUCGAAUCGCUCCUACAACAAUUAUGCGCUAUAUUAGAAGGGGAUAAAGUUCGCAGAGAGAAAUUAUAUUAUGCUAUCUGUAAGAAACUACACGACUUGCAAUUAAUUAAUGACACCUACGAUACAAUGGAAUUUGAAACGCUAAAAGGAAAAUACCAACGUGCUUUCUGUCAGAUGCUCUCAGUCGCUCGCGGUCAGCCUGAAAGCGACAGUGUUAUGUUUAUGCCAAAGUUCCUAAUACCGAAAUUGCGAUACCACGAGGAAUUUCAGGAAAUAAGUUUUAUCGCUCGCGGAGGUUUCGGUGAAGUCUAUAAAGCGCGACAUCGUCUCGACGGCAUCGAAUAUGCGAUUAAAAAAAUUACCAUGCCCACUGAUCGUAUAGAGAUUAUACAGAAGCAAUUGAAUGAAGUAAGGGCAUUGGCUAAAUUAAAUCAUACUAAUAUUGUUUCCUACAAUGCGGCUUGGAUUGAAUCAUCAUCCUACAAUUCGAGUAGUGUGCCACCCCCAGAUCGUAAAUCAUACAGAUCGCAUACGUCGAAACGCCAUCGAAAGGAGUCCAAGUCGUACAAAUCGUUGAUCGAAGAUUUAUUCAAUAGCAAAAAAGAUGUUAAAACGAAAAAGCGAAGUAAGAUAUAUGGGAAUAUUGAUGAUAGUGAUACCAAUCAUGACACUAUUAGUAAGAGAUUUGAAGAACUCGAUUCGUCGGCUGACAUCACAGAAGAGAGAAUAAUUGAGAAAAGUAACGAGGAAGAAUCUACUGAGGAGUCCAGUUCAGACGUAGUGUCUUUCCGAAAUAGCAAGAGCAAUGAAAAUCUAGAUCAAACAAUUAUAGAUACGGAUACUAGUGGUAGCUAUUCGGUCGAAGAAUCCUCUAGCCGAGACGUAUGCACGUACGAUAAAAGUCGACCGUAUGUGACUUUAUACAUUCAAAUGGCCUUGUGUGAACAGACACUCGAACAAUGGCUGCGCGGUAGAAUAAAUGUAACGCCUGAACCAUUAGCUAGAGCGAUAUUCCAACAGAUUCUUUGUGGAGUCGAUUAUAUGCAUUCUCAAAAAAUCGUGCAUCACGAUAUAAAGCCAAGCAAUAUAUUUAUUUCGACAUCUGGACGGCUUCAGAUUCAAUUAGGUGAUUUCGGUUUAGCAUGUCCAUUACAAAUAGGAAAUCAUCAUUCUGUGGUUGGUACUCAUAUGUAUGCAGCACCGGAACAACUUAAGGGAAAUUGUGAUCCAAAGAGUGAUGUCUACAGCAUUGGAAUCGUCCUUGUUGAGCUUUUAAUUUCAAUAAAAACUCAAAUGGAAUUAAGCACUAUAAUUAGUUGCUUAAAGUCUGGUAACGUACCAGAAGAUCUCAAGCGACACAAGUGGGCACAAAUCGUCAAACAAUUGGUACAAGAGAAUCCCGUCAAACGACCAUCGACAAGUCAGCUUCUGCAGAACUUUAAUAACGACAAGGAUGUGAUAAUAAAUGGAUUGAAAGAUACUAUUGUGAAUUUAAAAAAUGAUAAUCGCAUUAAAGAUGACACAAUUCAAAAGUUAGUGUUAGAGAUUGUGUUAUUAAAGGAAGAAGUUCAAAAAUUGUCAAUACAACAAAUUGUGAACAAUACAACAAACUAGACUGUUAUACUAAGGAGCUUAAACUCAUGAAAAACCUUGAUAUGACAUUAAUAAGACUGCCAAGUAAUUUUUUUCUUGAGUUAAUUCCUACGAAAGUCAUGAUUCACGCACAUAGCAAAGUAAAAUUAGUUUUUAAAUAUUUGGAAAUUCAUAUUUUAAUUCAACUUUCUUUUUAUAGACAUGAACAAUAACUUA